AUGGCGAGGUCGAGGAGAAAGUACAGCAACUCUAGAGCAAAAGUUCGCGUUGCUCUUCCCAAGAAGCACCCCAAGGUCUUUAAGCCUGCUUUCAACUUCCCUCCCAAGCUUCGCUCUCUCAUGGCUGACAAUGUCCCCGAAUGGGACGACGAGGCUAGCGUCAUCCAGAACUAUAAAUCCUUCGGCGUCAUCUCCAACCCUAAUUUGCUCGGUAUCCGAUCUCGCACCCAACAUAUGAUCCAGGACGAUUCCCUUAACGUUCCUCCUCCUCCGGAGCCGUCGACCGAUGAUCCUAUUGCUAAGGAGUUCGAGCCCAUCGAUUCCGGCAGCGACCUCGAGGAAGACGAUCUUAAGACAGCAUUGGGGAAGCAGAGGAAAGAUGGAAAGAGUGCACCUUUGCAACCGCUUACAACUAUGCAACGUACACAUAUACGUCGUUUGGUCGAGAAACAUGGAGAUGACUUUGAGGCAAUGAGCCGAGACAGAAAGCUAAACUCGAUGCAGCAUUCGCUUGCAACACUCCGUAAGCUAUGCACGAGAUAUCAGAUUUACAAAGACACGAACCCGAUUUUAGUUCCAUUCUGA